AGUCCACUUUCCUUCCUUAAUAGGAGGCCGAAUACACGAGAUGUCAUCUGAAUCCAUGAGGGAUGGUUUUGGAGUGUGAAUAGUCGUUACACCAUUACUCCAGAGGUUCAAUUGGCCUUGGUAAGAAUAGAUGCAAAAUGAGUACUCGAUUGUUCCUACUAUGUUUCGUUGUGGCAGCGUCAUGUCAAUCCUCCGCAAAUCGAUUUCGCCGAGCUACCAACAGUUCUUCUAGUGGUUAUGACUUCGUGGAUCCUCUCAUCGGCACUCGUAACGGCGGUCAUGUAUUCGCCGGAGCGACUCUACCAUUCGGCAUGGCGAAAGCUGUUCCGGAUGUCACAAGUGACAACCAGGGCGGAUAUGCUUCGAACGGAAGCCCGGUCAGCGGCUUCUCGCAUAUGCAUGAUUCGGGAACUGGCGGCGCCUCAUCUUUAGCCAAUUUCCCAAUCUUCGUUUACCCAGGUUGUACAAACGAUACGGUCAAUGGCUGCAUUUUCCCAAAGACCAAGCGAAGCGUCGAAAUUGUCGAUGGAAGUGUAUCUGCUCGUCCUGGUUACUUCUCAAUUGAUCUUCAGUCCGGAAUUAGAGCAGAGAUCACUGCUGCGAAUCAUACGGCGCUUUAUAAGUUCACCUUCUUCGGCAAUGCUACGGGAAAGGCCACUGUAGACGCCCCAUUAAGCCCAUUAUUCAUUGCGGACUUGACAGACCUCCCUGACACACGUCAGAAUGGGAGUGCAUCUGUUGAUCCAGAUACUGGCCGAAUGACUGGGAACGGUACCUUCAACCCAAGUUUCGGAACCGGGACAUAUAACCUACAUUUCUGUGCCGACUUCCUUCAAGGCAAUCCUAUCCGCGAGACUGGUGUGUUCGUUAAUAAUAGGGCUGGUAGCGACCCGAAAAGUAUCGUUGUAGGAAAGGACAAUAACUCUCCUCCUCUCCCUGCUGGUACUUACACUUGGUUUGACAAGGUUGAGGAGGGCACUUCAAUUACUGUUCGAGUUGGACUUUCAUUUAAGAGCGUUGAUCAGGCUUGCAAUAAUGCACAGACCGAGAUUCCUGACUUCGAUUUUUCAAAGACAUUGACUACCGCAGAAGAGAUAUGGAAAGAUAAACUCUCAGUCUUAAGUAUCGACACGACCGGCUUUGAAGAUACUUCGUUGCAAACCAUAUUUUGGAGUGGCGUAUACAGAGCAAUGUUAAGCCCUCAAGAUUAUACUGGCGAGAACUAUCUAUGGGAAAGCGACGAGCCUUAUUACGAUUCAUGGUAUUGUAUCUGGGACAGUUUUCGAUCGAUUCACUCAUUUAUCACGCUAGUAGACCCCUAUUCGCAGACACUGAUGAUCCGGUCCCUUAUUGAUAUAUAUCGUCAUGAAGGAUGGUUACCUGACUGCAGGAUGUCUCUUUGCAAGGGAUGGACACAAGGCGGAUCUAACGCGGACGUCGUGUUAGCCGAUGCAUAUCUAAAGAACCUUACACAGGAUGUCGACUGGGAGACUGGAUACGAGGCUUUGAUAAAGGACGCAGAAGAGGAACCUCCUGUAUGGGAUUACGAGGGCCGUGGCGGUCUGAAUAGCUGGAAGAAAUACGGCUAUAUUCCAGCCGACGAUUACGAUCCAAUUGGGCAAGGCCUUUUCACGCGAAGCAUUUCUCGCACCGUCGAGUAUGCCUACAAUGACUUCUGCAUCUCCGAGAUAGCAAAGGCGCUAGGCAAACAGGAUGACUACGAGAAAUAUACUAAGCGAUCUGGAAAUUGGAUAAACUUAUACAAUAAGGACCAGAAAUCAGACGUCAAGGGGACAGAUACCGGAUUUACCGGGUUUCUUCAACCGAAGUAUCUAAAUGGUACAUGGGGUUAUCAGGACCCAACUCUCUGCUCUUCCGUUAACUCUUUUGACUCUUGCUACCUCAACCCGGGUGGCCACGAGACAUAUGAAGGUAGUCCUUGGCUAUACACUUUCUUUGCCCCCCAUGAUAUGGCAAGUUUGAUUACCACUCUCGGUGGCCCCGACACAUUUAUUAGCCGUUUAGACUACCUCCACGAGAGCGAUAUCCUCUAUGUCGGCGACGAACAAGCAUUCCUCACUAUAUUCCAGUAUCACUAUGCGGGUCGUCCAGGCAAAUCUGCUGAGCGAGUUCACUAUUAUAUACCCAGCCAAUUCAAUACCACGACAGCAGGUAUUCCUGGUAACGAUGACUCGGGCGCCAUGGGCUCUUUCGUUGCGCUAGCCAUGCUCGGCAUAUUUCCAAAUCCAGGCCAAGAUGUCUAUUUCAUCACAGCUCCCUUCUUUCCGUCAGUGUCGAUCACGAACCGCAUGACAGGCAACACGGCGACAAUCAAAACUGUAAAUUUCGACACAGCCUAUAAGAAUAUAUAUAUCCAAAGCGCCAAGCUGGAUGGGAAAGAGUACACGAAGAGCUAUCUCACGCACAGUUUCUUCCUCAACGGAGGCACACUGGAACUCACGUUAGGCGAAAAGGAGAGUACCACAUGGGGUACAGGGGAAGAAGAUUUGCCGCCGAGCCUCCAGCAAUCUUAAAGCUUCGGCAUGGUAGAAGUA